AUGAAAUUUGUUGGACCAGAGUGGCUUUGGAAGUAUCAGCAGGAUGUCAUCGUUAUAAACAGAAACUGCCAAUUUGUAAGAUAAUUAAUAUUUUUGUUGUAAUUUAGAUUUAUAGCGGUUGUUGUAUAAGCCCAAAAUGGGAUUUAACCAAAAAUUUUUAGAUUAUGAGCGGAACUCCUACCCACAAUACUCCUCAGUCCAGCCUCAGAAAAUCUCAUUCUUCGCAAAAACAGAAGAGUGUCACAAUCGUUGACAAUGUCGUUCGCACUAGGAAUAUCUCAACUCAAACGGUCCAUACUAAGUCUGCAACUACACAGACAAAGUUGUUUAAAAAGCCGCUAAGAAAAUUAAAAGGCAAUGAAGACGUUAAAGUUCCGAAAAAGCGAGGAAGGCCACGGAAGUCGGACGUUCAGCCAAAAGCUUCGCCGUCUGUGACUGAAGUCAAUAUUCCGCAGAAAAAGCGGCGACAACGACCGGGAUUGGUCGAUGAUGACAGCAAAACCAUUGGGGAAAGAAUUAGGAAGCGAACGGCAGAAUUAAGUAGGUUCAUUAGAAAACAAAUAUGAGAGCAUUAGUUUUGUACUCAUUUUCUAAAUUUAGCCGACAUGCUAAUGGAGAAGAAGAAGAGGAGGAAUGGAUCGGCGUUGGAGGCCAAACUGAAGGAAUUCUUGGACAUGCAUCCGAUUGGACAAGCGUCCGAUUGGAACCUCGCUUCCUCGAGUUCGACAUUUGAUGCAGGAGAACAAUUGCUAAGAGAUAUUGAGUCGCAGAAGUGCCAGAUCGUCGUGAACUGCGCACCAGCUAGACGCCGGGGACGUCGCCGGCUUUAUUUGCGAAACCCUCCGCCUGAAGUGAUUACCAUUUCGGACGAGCAAGAGGUGGUGACUAUUGAAGGGUCGGCAGAAGGAGAGGAAGCGGAAUCGUCAGGAAAUGAAAAAUCUGCAGUCGAAAGCGCCUUAUAUGACCUCGUUGAAAGUGUUAUAGCACAAGAAUCAACCGCUGCUGAAAGUAAUCGAGAUGAAGAAGCGAUUGAGAACGAGCAAUCUCUGUGUGAAAGUCCAGAAGGAACAGAAUCUUUAUAUGAAACAGCCGCAGACAAAUCUUUUUCAAAUGGAAGGGUGGUGGAAGACUCUGCAUUAAUGCCAUCUGAAAACGAUGUUAAUAACGACAUCACAGAGCCAGAUGCUGACCAACAGCCGGCUGCCGAAGAUGCUCUUGAAGUAGCGCUUGAGAACUCUUCUACGACUGACGAAAAUUCAAAGGAAUCGGAGACCCCGGAAGUCCUAGCACCCUCAAAUACGUCCAACGAUGUCGAGAUGGAAGAAUUGAACGAGCAGAGAACGGAAGCUGAAUAUACCGCUCCUGAACCUCAAGCAGAAAGCAUGGAAAUUCAAGAAUCGGCUUCUGACGAAACGAACGCGACAUCUCCCGCUCAAGAAGAGUCCGAAGCCUGCCACAGCCGGAGCAACAGCAGUGUUGACUUCGAGAACACCCCGGUGGAAAAUGAAGCCGAAAGCCUUGACCACAACAAGUUUGAUGACGUUUUGACAACUCCGCCUCCGCUAGACUUCGAUGAACAUCAAAACUUUCUGGAAUCCGAUGAAGAAUAA